AUGGCGCAAGAUCUUCCCAUUACCUUUGGGGAAGUAUUUAAUCUAAGCACUUUAGGUGUGAACUUGGAUUAUGUCAAGUUUGGCACGACAACGAUGGAGUCCGACAAGUUUGUAUGCGUAUGUGAACAAGUAAAUGGUCAAGCAAGUGUGGUGAUCGUGGACAUGGCGGCGGGUAACACGGUACAGCGCCGUCCAAUCAACGCCGAGGCGGCUAUCAUGAAUCCUGUGAGUAAAGUCAUCGCUUUGCGCUCAGAAAAUCAGCUGCAGAUCUUCAACAUGGAGCUACGCGCUAAGAUGAAGAGCCACUUGAUGAACGAAGCUGUGGUCUUUUGGCGCUGGAUCUCGGUCAAUACCAUCGCGCUAGUCACGAUCUCUGCUGUGUUCCAUUGGAGCAUUGAAGGAGACUCGCCCCCGGCAAAAGUCUUUGAUCGCCACGCCAAUUUGGGCGCUGGCACGCAAAUUAUUAGUUACGAGGCUUCGGCUGACAACCAGUGGAUGUUGUUAGUCAGUAUCUCACAGGGAGAAGGAGGUCGCAUUGUUGGCAAGAUGCAGCUUUACUCGGUAGAUAAGAAGGUAAGCCAGGUGCUGCAAGGCCAUGCUGGAGCUUUUGCCCAGAUGAAGCCACCUGGAAGAACGGAUGACGCUCAAGUACUAGUCUUCGCUGGAACCAAGGGUGAUGGCCAGCCGAUGCAGCUUUUUAUCAUGGAAGUGGGACGUGAGCGCGAUGCCCCUGGUGGCGUGUUCCGUCUUGCCCCGCAACCAAUACCUUUUGCUGCGGACGCACAGGCUGAUUUCCCUGUAUCAAUGCUUGUGAGUCCAAGUGACGACAUCGUGUACAUGAUUACAAAGAUGGGAUACCUCUUCCUGUUCGAUGUACAUUCGGGUAAGCCCGUAUAUCGUGCUCGUGUGUCACAAGACACGACGUUUGUGACGUGUUUGGAGUCGAAGUCAAAGGGUAUGCUUGGCAUUACGCGCCGCGGACAGUUGCUGCACUUCGCGAUCAAUAAAACGAAGCUGGUGCCGUACGUGGUGAACACGCUGCGCGACUCACAGUUAGCUUUGGCCCUGGCAACGCGUUUGGAUCUUCCUGGUGCUGAAGAGCUGUACUUCACGGAGUUCAACCGUCUCGUUAGUAUAAACGAUAUUCAGGGCGCAGCUCGACUUGCUGCUGCUUCUCCGCAGGGUGCUCUACGUACACCUCAGACGAUCCAGCGCUUUCAGCAAAUGCCUGCUCAGCCUGGCCAGCCGCAGCCUAUUCUGCAGUACUUCAGUGUCCUGCUUGAGAAGGGAACUUUGAACAAGAUGGAGUCCAUUGAGCUGGCUCGUCCCGUGUUGAUGCAGGGCCGUGGCCAGCUGUUGCAGAAAUGGCUAUCGGAGAACAAGCUUGAGUGUUCGGAGGAGUUGGGUGACCUCGUUGCUCAGUCUGACACUACGAUGGCUUUAUCAGUUUACUUACGUGCCGAGGUUCCUGAAAAAGUGAUUAAUUGCUUCGUCCAGCGCGGCGAGUUCGAUAAAAUUGUCGCGUAUGCUGUUCAGACCAACUACCGUUGUGACUACACAUUUAUGCUCCAGAAUCUGGUGCGAGCAAACCCACAAGGCGCUCUAGAUUUUGCCCAAAAGCUGGCUGUCGCGGAGAAUGGUCCUUUGGUGGAUGUCAAUGCUGUGGUCGACAUCUUUAUGCAGGUAAACCGCAUUCAGGAAACUACCGCUUUUUUGCUGGAGGCUUUAAAGAACAAUCGUCCUGAGGAGGGUUACUUGCAGACUCGGCUGUUGGAGAUCAAUUUGCUAGGUGGCUCGCCACAAGUGGCUGAUGCUAUUUUGUCGAACAACAUGUUCACACAUUAUGAUAGGUCGCGCAUCGCUGCUCUUUGCGAGAAGUCUGGAUUAUACCAACGUGCUCUGGAGCAUUACACGGAGCUGGCAGACCUAAAGCGUGUAAUUGUAAAUACACAGGCCAUCAAUCACGAGUUUAUUGUGACGUUCUUCGGCACCUUAACAAGUGAAGUCUCGAUGGAGUUAAUCAACGCGCUUAUGGCUCAUAACAUGCGUCAGAAUCUGCAAAUCGUUGUGCAGGUUGCCACUAAGUACGCUGAGCAGCUGGGUGGUAACAAGCUUGUGGAGGUAUUUGAGAAGUUUAAAUCGUUUGAUGGUUUGUACUUUUUCCUGGGUUCGAUUGUGAAUUUUUCUCAAGACCCUGACUUGCACUUCAAGUACAUUGAGGCUGCUACAAAAAUGGGCCAGUUCAAGGAGGUGGAGCGUGUUUGCCGUGACUCUUCUGUGUAUGAUCCUGUCAAGGUGAAAGAGUUCCUGAAAGAAUCAAAGCUACAGGACCCACGGCCGCUUAUUCACGUGUGCGAUCGUUACGACUUCGUGGAGGAGCUGACGCAGUAUCUGUACUCUAACAACUUGAUGAAGUACAUUGACGUGUAUGUGACGAAGGUGAGCCCGCAGAAGGCACCCGUUGUGAUUGGCAAGCUGCUUGAUCUAGACUGCAACGAAGACUACAUCAAGAACCUGCUCAACCAGGUUGCGCAGUGCCCUGUAGACGAUCUGUGCGAGCAAGUUGAGAAGCGUAAUCGCCUGCGUUUGCUGCAGCCAUGGCUUGAGACGCGGGUUGCUCAGGGCAACACUGAGACUGCGACUCAUAACGCCAUUGGCAAGAUUUACAUUACGCUCAACAAGGACCCCCAGCAGUUUUUGACCAGCAACCAGUUCUACGAUUCGGAGAUUGUCGGUAAAUUCUGCGAAAAGCUGGACCCGUCCCUGGCUUACUUGGCUUAUCGUCGUGCUGGCGGUGCGUGUGAUGACGACCUUGUUCGUGUGACGACGGAAAACGGUCUUUUCAAGGAUUUGGCUCGCUACUUGGUAGAGCGCCAAGACCUGGAUCUGUGGGGCAAAGUGCUUGUCAAGCAAGAAGAAGGCGAGCCAGAGUCUCCUAGCCGUCGUGCUUUGAUUGACCAGGUUGUGCAGACGGCGCUGCCGGAGACCACGAACCCAGACGAAGUGUCAACUACUGUGCGCGCGUUCAUGAAUGCAGAGCUACCAAACGAGCUGAUUGAACUACUCGAGCGUAUUGUUCUUCAAGGAACCGAUUUUUCGAACAACAAGAAUUUGCAGAAUUUACUGAUUCUAACGGCUAUCAAGGCUGGCAGAGAAAAGGUCAUGGAUUACGUGAAUCGUCUAGAUAACUUUGAUGGCCCGGAGAUCGCGCGCAUUGCCGUUGGUGAGCAGUACCAGCUCUACGAGGAGGGUUUUGUUAUCUACAAGAAGACGAACCACAACGUGGAGGCUAUUGCUGUGCUGUUGGACUACAUAAAAGAUAAUGAGCGCGCAUACGAGUUUGCUGACCGUUGCAACGAAUCUGAAGUGUGGUCUCGUUUGGCAAAGGCUCAGCUUGUUCAGGGCAAGGUACAUGACUCUCUGUCGGCUUUUAUCAAGGCAAGCGAUGCCAGUUCGUACGUCGAUGUCAUUGCUGCUGCCGAGCGCAUCGACAAUUACAGUGAGCUGAUUCCGUAUUUGAAGAUGGCGCGAAACACGGUGAAGGAGCAGUAUCUUGACACCUCGUUGAUUUAUGCGUACGCUAAGACGGAAAAGUACUCCGAUCUAGAGGAGUUUAUUUCUUCGCCAAAUGUGGCGCAGAUUCAGAACAUUGGAGAACGUUGCUACAAUGAAGGUAUGUACAACGCUGCCAAGCUGCUGUUCCAGAACAUAAACAACAAUGCCAAGCUUGCCAUUUGUUACGUUCGUCUCGGCAAGUUUCGCGAGGCAGUGGAUGCCGCUACCAAGGCAAACUCAGUGGGAACUUGGAAAGAGGUCAAUUACGCCUGUGUGGAUGUAAAUGAGUUCCGUCUUGCUGGCCUUUGUGGUCUGCACAUUAUCGUCCAUCCGGACCACCUGGAGGAGCUAAUUCUACACUACGAAAAGCGUGGCCAUUCUACAGAGCUGUUGAAGCUGAUGGAGCAGGGCCUUGGCCUGGAAGGCGCCCAUGCUGGCAUAUUUACAGAGCUGGCUAUUUUGUAUUCAAAAUACUUGCCGUCAAAGCUUAUGGAGCAUAUUAAAAUCUUCCACUCACGCAUGAAUUUGUCAAAGAUUCUCCGUGCUUGCGAGAAAGGUCUACACUGGGACCAUGCUGUGUAUUUGUACAAGGAAGACGGCCAGUUUGACAACGCCGUUCGCACAAUGGUUGAUCACCCGGUUGCGUUCUCUCACGACUUAUUCCUGGACUGCAUUCAAAAGGUCCGCAACCAAGAAAUUCACUACAAAGCGAUUAAUUUUUAUCUGGAGCAACACCCGCUUGAGCUAACGCGUCUUUUGCAAGUACUGACGCCCAACCUGGACCAUGCUCGCGUUGUUCACCAGCUUCGCAAAUCAAAGAAUUUACCGCUUGUGGUGGAGUACUUGAAGGAUGUACAGAAAGAGAAUUUGUCAGCUGUUAACGAAGCACUGAACGAAAUUCUGGUUGAUGACGAAGAUUACCAGGCGCUCCGCGAUUCCGUAGACGCUUAUGAGAACUUUGACCAGAUUUCGCUGGCGCAAAAGCUGGAAAAGCACGAUCUUUUAGAGCUCCGCCGCAUUGCAGCUUACCUGUACCGGAAGAACAAGCGUUAUCCACAGUCUGUCAAACUGUCAAAGGCCGACAAAAUGUACAAAGAUUGCAUUGACUGUGCCAGCGAUUCAGAUGACCCGGAGCUUGCUGAGGACAUCCUGCGUUUUUUCGUGUCGGUGCACGACAAGGAAUGUUUCUGUGCUACUUUGUUCACGUGCUACAAGCUGAUUAAGCCUGAUGUCGCUCUGGAGCUGGCGUGGCGCCACGGCUACAUUGACUUUGUAAUGCCCUACAUGAUCCAGUUUGUGAAGAACCUGAACGACAAGAUUAAGGUUCUCGACGAGCGCACGCAGAUCCAGCAGGAGCCGGAAAUGGAUGCGCAGUCACUCGACCCAGCCUACGGCAUGGGCGGCAUGCAACCUAUGUUGGCCAUUGCACCUACAGCGUACAACGACCCCUCGGCACAAUACGGCAUGGGUAUAGCCCCUGGUAUAGCUACCGGUAUGAACAUGGGUAUGGGAAUGCAGCCGAACAUGAGCUUAGGCGGCAUGCAGCAGAAUUCGUAUGCUAGUAGCCAGGGCAGCAUGGGCAGUAAUCCGUACGCCAACAGCUGUUACCAGUAUUAA